AUGAGGCUUUCAAACGCUCGUUCUUCGCCUUCGUCGUGGCUCACCGCCGUCUCACUCCUGGGUACCAUCUCCCCAGCAUCAUCUUUCGCUCAAAACACCACCACUGGCGCCCAAAUCGUCCAGGGAUCCCUCAGAAUCUACGGCAAUGACUCCUACCCCAUCAUCCAGCGACGACCUCUUCCCCUCGAUGCCGCUCGCGCUCGCUACCCCGGCUUCAAGCAGGAGAACCUGACCCUCAAAGCCGGCACAAUCCGCCGCGACGGCACACUGACUCUGCCCUGCGAUAUUCUCUUCGAGCGGGACGUUCCCGUCACCCUCCGCGAUGGCGUUACGACCUACACUGAUAUCUUCCGUCCCAUGACCACGAACGCUACCGUCCCAAGCAUCAUCGCAUGGAGUCCCUACGGCAAAGAAAUCGGCGGCCAGUGGCUCGACGACGUCGAAGGUCGAUCAGGCGUGAAUCUGUCCUCAGUCUCUGAGUUGCAGAAGUUUGAGGGCCCGGACCCAGCCUACUGGGUGUGCAAGGGCUACUCGAUUCUCAACCCAGACAACCGUGGCGCCUACUCUUCCGAGGGCAACAUCACAUAUUGGGGUCGCCAACUAGGCGAGGAUGGCUAUGAUUUUGUCGAGUGGGCUGCAGAGCAAGCGUGGAGCUCGGGAAAGGUGGCCUUCUCGGGAAACUCGUGGCUGGCCGUGUCGCAGUGGUUCAUUGCUGCCGAACAUCCACCUCACUUGACAGCAAUCGCGCCAUGGGAGGGCCUCACGGAUCUGUACCGCGAUACUGCCGUCAAAGGCGGAAUCCCAGCUCCCGGGUUCCAGGAGUCGAUUCUCACUACCUUUGCCGGAAAGGAAUUCGUUGAAGAUGUUCCCCGUAUGCUGCUCUCUGAGGGGCUCAUUACACCGUACUGGCAAGACAAGAUUGCAUCUCUUGAAAAGAUCAAGGUUCCGGCGUACAUCGUCGCAAGCUACACCAACCUUCUUCACACCCAUGGUUCGUUUGAAGCAUUCCGACGCAUUGCUUCCGAAGAGAAGUGGCUCAGAGUGCACAACACGCAAGAAUGGACCGACUAUUCUACCUCGGAACAUGUGGCCGAUCUGCAGAAGUUCUUUGACCAUUACCUCAAGGGCGAAGACAAUGGGUGGCAAUCCACUCCCCGCGUUCGUCUCGCUGUUCUUGACCCUGGGUCCGAGGAUACUCUAGAUCGCGUCGUCGCAGAUUGGCCAGUCCCGGGGCUCCAGUCGAAGACCCUCUACCUGCAACCCAACAGCUCACUUGGCGAGUCUUCUCUACCCGACGAAGCCACCCUCAGCUACAACAGUAGCUCAACUUCCGGCAUCACUCUCAACUUCCAGAUUCCUGAGACCAUGGAGUUGACCGGUUACUCCAAGCUCCGUCUCUGGGUGUCCUCUCCUGAUGCUACCGACAUGGAUAUCUCCAUCUCCGUGCAGAAGCUUUCCUCCAACGGGACCAUAUUUCCUAGUACCGGCAGCGAGAGUUCCAGCACAAUCGGCCCAACUGGAGCGCUCCGCGUCUCGCACCGUGAACUAGACACCAAUCGAUCCACGGACCUCGAGCCCCUCAUACUACAUACCUCGGAGAAGCUCCUUUCACCAGGCGAGAUUGUACCUGUGGACAUUCCUCUCUGGCCCGUCGCUCUCAGGUUUCAUGCCGGCGAGCUGCUCAGCUUGAACGUGGCUCCGGCCUCCAUUGCCCCCGCGCAGGCUGACAUCGGCUUUGGCACGGCGAUUAUACCUGUGCCUUCUACUGAAGGCACCUUCGAACCUGGACAGAACGUUCCACUAAUUGAGCUGGGAGGUGGUAUGGAUUCCAACCCGGCUUUUGUGAAUGAGCAAAGGGUUGAGACGCCAGUGAGCCGUAAUAAGGGCCUGCAUUUCAUCCAUGUGGGUGGGAAGUAUGACAGCUUGCUGUUGUUUCCAUUCAACAGCACUGCUACCCAGAUUUGUUAG